AUGUGCGCUGGACAGUGGAAAUCUGGAGCAAAUGUGGCUCAGAUGGAUCCUCUUGUCAUCAUCUCGGCGAUGGCUGCAGUCACCAAAUCCGUUAGUUUCGGGGUAACUUGCAGCACAACCUAUGUUCCCCCGUAUAUCACAGCUCGCACAUACAGUACACUAGAUCAUCUCACCGAAGGGCGCAUUGCGUGGAACAUUGUUACAAGCUACAGUCAGUCCGCUGCGGAUGCGUUUGGCGAGGAUAAAGUGCUUCCACAUGACGAGCGAUACGCCCGGGCCGAUGAGUACAUGGACGUCGCGUAUAAGCUUUGGGAGCAAUCAUGGGAUAAUGGUGCCCAGGUAUGGGAUGUUGAGAGUAAAGUGGCUUAUGACAGUGACAAGGUCAUGAAGAUCGACCACAAGGGGUUCACGCCUUUCAUCGGCAAAACUCUGGAGGAGGCCCAAGCAAAAUAUGAAGCGGCACUGGAAAACACAGACUUCAAGGGGGGGCUCGCACAGACCGCCGCGUAUUUGGGUAUUGACCUUAGUAAAUAUCCCUUGGAUGAGCCACUCAGCUUGGGAACUUCGCAGUCAGACACCAUGAUCAUGGGGAUCAUGAAUAACUUCAACAGCGCUUCUGGGUCGGACAAAUCAGAAUGGACCCCACGCAAAAUUGGACUGAAGAUGGCAUUAGGAGGCUUCCAUCCUUGCCCCAUAGGCACUCCUGAAAUGAUUGCCGAUGUGAUGGAAGAGUGGUCCGAAGUGGCCGAUGUGGAUGGAUUUCUGAUUGCCUACGUGACCAACCCCACCAGCUUUGAGGAUGUUGUUCACUUGUUGCGGCCAGAGCUGGUGCGUAGAGGCUUGAUGUGGGAAGACUAUGAGGUUCCUGGUGGCACUUUCCGGGAGAACUUGUAUGGAGCAGGCCAGGCCACCUUGAGGGAUGAUCAUUAUGGAAGUGGAUUCAAAUCCUACUCGAAGAAAGAAACCAAGGUGUAG